UUAACAGCGAGAGCUCAUUAUCAUGGAUGAAGGGGGUCUGAGGGGGCUCAGUAUAAAUACCUGCACACGCCCUGCUGGUGUCACACAGGUGUGCUGAGUAGUGAGCAUCUAGAGUCAUGACCUGCCAGGCCUUCAGCACCACGGACUGCUUCACUACUCUGAGCGGAGACUCGGCCGCUCUGCCGCUGCUCAUGCAUCACAGCGGAGCCGCAGACUGUCUGCCCGUCACCAGCCACACGGCCAACAUGAUGCCUUCAGGUCUCCCUCUGGUCCAGUCAUCCAAACGCUCUCAUAUGCACCUGUCCGCUUCUGCUUUAGGCAAUGAAUCAGCCAGCCUGCACUACUCAAUGCCCCCAUGUCAAUAUAAUAACCAGCAGACCACCUACGGCAUGAUGGCAGCACAGGAAAUGCACUCUGCCAGCAUCUCUCAGACCCGCAUCCUGCAGACCUGCAGCAUGCCUCGUGCCAGCAUGGUCAACAGUGCCAACUCACUGCAAGGAGCUCUGGCUCCACGCCUCUAUAAGUUCCCAGAGCACGGUUUGGGCUUACCGCCGCUGCCCCAGUCCCUGCUCACGGACGGACAUUAUCUACAUUCAGCUGCACAGAUUGUACAUCAAAAGUGCACAUUCAAUACAAUUCAGAACACUGCUUUUGCACAAGGGGUUAAAGCUUCUCCUUACUUUUAGCUUUGAUUGACAGGUUACACACAGACCAAUGUUGGUGAAGCGCUGGCGGCUGUGCACGGCUCUGAAUUCAGCCAAACCACCAUCUGCCGCUUCGAGAACUUGCAGCUCAGCUUCAAAAACGCCUGCAAGCUCAGAUCCAUCCUGGCAAAGUGGCUGGAGGAGGCCGAGCAAGCCGGUGCUCUUUUAAAUGAGAAGAUGGGCAUGCAAGAGCGUAAACGCAAACGGAGAACAUCCAUCAGUCUUGGGGCUAAGGAAGCCUUAGAAAGGAAUUUUGUGGAGAAGAGUAAGCCAUCAUCUCAGGAGAUGGUGCGGAUGGCGGAGGGUCUCCUUCUGGAGAAGGAGGUGGUGCGGGUUUGGUUCUGUAACCGCAGACAGAGGGAGAAGAGGGUCAAAACCAGCCUACAUCACAGCUCCUUCAUGGCCAAAGAGAUCACGGCCUGUAGAUCUUGUGACUAUCUACAGGCAAAACAUCACCACCAACCUUUGGCAGGGAGUGGGUUUAUUGUGAGAGUGAGGACAUGGAGUGACCAAAAAAAAAACACAUGUCUGAAUGUUAUAUCAAGGAAAUACAAUUUUAAACCAAGUGACAUAUGUAAACAAACUGUGACAUUAUGAAACAUGUUUGCAUUUGGAAAAGGUCUCUAGGUGUUUUUAGUAGAUGUCUGAAUUCAGUUUUCCUCAACUUCACACAAGUGUCAUAUCAGAGUAUUCACAGUUGUGGACUAAUUUAUUAAUAUAUGAUACAUUAACAUUUUAUAAAUAAUAGUGUCUCAGUAUUUCUCUUAAUAAUGUACACCCACUCUUUUGUCAUAUGAAACCCAACAAAUUUCUGAUCUCUUUCUUUUGUUUUCUUUUUUGUUUUGUUUAAAUACAGUUUUAUAAUGCAAUGACAUUCAUAGAUUAUUAGGUGUGCCUAUAGUGUCCACAUUAUUUUAUUCUAUUGUCUUUGCUUUAAUAAAUCAGAUGAUUUACACAACCCUUUUACUGGAACUUAAACUUGAGCUAUGAAAAGACAUAUUUUAUAUAAAUAUGUUUUUACAUUUUUAUAAAUGAUUUGCUCUCAAAUGAAAUGUUUGUGAUUCUAUAACCCAAAGAGAACAUGUGUAGAAUAGAAUAUUGAUACUUUUUAAAAAAAAGUUGUUAAUGUAUUUAUCAUUAAUAUAUUUAAAUGAAUUCCAAAGUUUAAUAUAU